GCAAAAUCGCUCACACUCCCCAUCUUCUCUCCCCGAGGGUUCCUUCCUGGCGGCUGGGUGCUCUUCCGCCGGCGUCCAACUCCGAUCCACCUCCCGAUGGCCACCGAUAAGAAAGGGGAAUUACUGCUGACGGAGAUCCCAGACCACCCCCUGACGGAGAUCCUCCUCCGCGCAUGCGCCGCCUGCAGCACCUUCCGUCGAAUCGCCACCGAUGGCUCCUUCCGCCGCCGAUUCCGCCGCCUCCACGCCCCGCCACUCCUUGGCUUCGUCGACCGCGAAGGGUUCCACCCGCCCCUCCCGCCUCACCCCGCGGCGCCGGUCGCCCGCGCGCUUGCCCGCGUCGCCGACUUCUCCUUCUCCUUCCUCCCCUCCCACUGCAGCUGGACUGUCAGGGACGUCCGCGACGGCCGCGUCCUCCUCGCCCGCGACACCGACCACCAGGAGGAUGAGCAACCCCCAGUAUUCAUGGACCUCGUGGUGUGUGACCCCUUGCACCGGCGAUUCAUCCUGCUUCCCCCGGUUCGGUGGAGGACCCAGACCCUGUAUUUUGCGGGUGCUUCUGCGAGCCCAGCCUCAUCCCCCCCAGCGAGGACGAGGCGGCGGCGGCUGUGGAAGAGACGGCGUUCAGAGUGAUCUGGUUCGCGCAUUCCAACAUCAAGGUAUACAUCCUCGUCUUCUCUUCGAGCACUAGACAAUGGCGAGCCGCUGCAUCCCAGGGCUUGACGGAUUUGCUCACUGGGGAGGGCCAGUUGACCAUGAUUACACCGCAGCACCCUUUGUUUCGCGGGCACUAUUAUGCUUGUGGAUGCGUCUAUUGGAAGUGGAUGACAAAUGAAAGGUGGAAGAAGUUGCUGGUUCUGGAUACUCGGAGGAUGGAGUUCUCGAUUGCUGACCUGCCACUCGAAGCAUGGAACAUGGCAGAUAUAGCUAUCGUGGAGGCAGGGGAAGACAAGCUUGGGCUGUUUGGUCUUCGUGAUGAAUUUGCGGAUGUCCUGUGUUACAUCGUUGGACGAAAACAAGGUGAGAAUCUUAGCCACUGGCAGACGGAGAAGACAAUCUCGCUAGAUUAUAGCUACCAGCAUUGUAUCGGAGCUACAACAGGGAGGUAUUUGCUCCUAGAAAGGGAAGAAGGCUCGCUGUUUAGGUGGCUUGGGUUGGACUCGCUAAAUAUGGAAUAUUUCUCACUUGAUGUCGAGACAUUGCAUCUUGAGAGAGUUUGCGAUAAACCUAUCUCGUCUGGCACAUCAAGGACACACUUAUAUACCAACUUCCCACCACCGUUGCUGUCUUCACCGACAAUAUGAAGGGAUUCCAUGGAGUCAUAGUCAGAUCAACAUUCAUGUCACAAAACUCAGAGAGAUUGUGAUUGCAACACCAUGGAUUUCUCGCAGAAGGUGGCCACAGCUUGCUUACAAGAUGUGGGAAUCUGCGGUGCUGCACUUGGUACUACUGGUCAUUUUGCCAUUCAUGUUCACAUGGCUUAAUUAGUAGUGGUUGUUUUUCUUGUUCUUCUGGGAAAGCUAAUGGAACAUAACUGUGUUAUCUGUUGUCUUGUUUGUUCAAA